CAGAGUUGUAGCUGUAAUAUAAAUAUUGGCAGUUUUAGAUUGCAGUACAUAGAAGUAAUCAAACCUUAUCAAAGUAUUCCUAGGCGGUAUUUUUUCUAGGCUAUUUUGCUUAUCAAUAAUAAUCAGGUUUCUAGCAGUUCAUUUUGAUACUCGUUGCGCGAUGAAUGGUCAGAUAAUGUUUUCAAUUGCAAUUUUAUUGUUCAUGUUCCUACAAAAUGCCCAAAUGAAAUACACAACUUGUGGCGUAAUGAGAAAUAUGGAAAAGAACGGAUCGGAUGUUGCGAAAGAACCUUUCGGUGUUUGGCCUUGGCAUGUAGCUGUACUGAACAGUUCAAACGGAUAUGUAACUAGCGGAGCGAUAAUAAGUGAAUGGUUUGUGCUGACAGUAGCUCAUGCUACAUUCACAAGUAAAUCGGUUCAAAAAACGCCAAAUGAAUUUGUCGUUGCGAUGGGAAUUAGAGAUCUCAGUGAUCCACAAAACUUUACAAAGAGGACGAACAUUUCCAGCAUUACCCGAUAUGGAGGUUAUGAUCAGAGACCUGGUAUAAACGAUGUAGCCUUGCUAAAAACUGCUACGAUAAUUUCAUUCAACGAACAUAUUUCAAACAUUUGCCUUUGGCCGAACUACAACAUGGAUCAGGUUAAUCAAGAAAGUCAAAUGUCGAUCGUUGGUUGGGGUUCGCCGAAAGAGUAUGGAAAGUCUAACAUUAUUCUGAGUGAAACUAAUGUAACUAUGAGUAAUUUUAAAAUAUGUCACGAACAUUCUGAUAUUCUCAAUGGUAAAGUAUUUUGCAUUGUUAACAUCAAUAAGACAGACAUCUGUUUGGAAAAUGGCGCUGGUGGUAUCUACGUGAGAUAUAAAGAUGUUUGGUAUUUGAGAGGAAUGAUUUCUUCCAAUGAAUUGAAUACUGGUUCAGAUAACUCGUGUCAAAACCUUCAAAAUCUACGAUUCAUGGAGUUAACAUAUCACCAAAAAUGGAUUGAAAGAUAUGCCCUACCGAAAAAACAUAACCUGCUUGGAAUAGAAGACUGUGGCAUAAGGAUUUACUCAGAUUCCAUGAAACAACUAGGGCCUCACCAACAGCCGUGGAUUACACAAUUGGCCUACGUAUUUUGGGGCCGUUUCAACGUGACUGACUGCCACGGAGUGCUGAUCCAUCCGGAAUUUGUUGUAACAUCCUCAAAAUGCACGGAAAAUCGCGAAUAUCGAAAACUACUUCACGUGAUACUGGGCGCGAGUUCAAUCGGCAAGGAUCUCUAUGAUACAACUAAACAAACAAUUCAAGCCAUAGAAAUCACCGAACAUUUGUUUUCCCAAACGUCAAGCACAUUUGAAUUUGGAUUCGACAUCAAUGUUCUACGAUUGGCGCGAAAGGCGGAUAUCACAGAAAAUGUGAAGCCUAUCUGCCUUCCGUCGUCAGUUGAACCUACCUCACACUACAGCAUGGUGGCAUGGAACCGUGGAGGUGAACAUCCAAAGCAGUUGAAACAUUCGUCGAUGCAGGCAAUUCCUUUCCACAAGUGCCACACGGAAUAUCUUAAAUUAGGAAUUAAUAUAACGUCUGAAGAUUAUUUAGCCUGUUACAAGUACUGUCAAAUAUCAGACGUACAAGGAUUGCAGACCUGUGAAGUAGACAAAUCACAAACAUGUACAACUCCUCUUUCCGGAGGACCCCUAUUUUAUACUAAGCACGAUGGUAUUCAUACGUACACAUAUCUAGCUGGUAUCAGAUCUUUUGGUCCGGCAAGCUGUCAGGAUGACAUUUUUGAAGUAUUCAAUGACAUUGUUUCGUUCAGAGAAGAAAUCGAAACGUUGGUUAUAUGGAAAGCAUGGUUCGACGAAGAAGAUGAUCAUUUGUCUUACGAUAUUGAAGAUGUUUCGGAUACUGUGCAUUUUGAACUAGACGAAGAAGGAAACAUUUUGGAUGAGAAUGGUAACAUCUGGAAUAUAGACGAUGACAAGUAAGACAAGUGCGUAAUGCGUAAGUCAUUGUCUUUAACUUUAAUCAAUAAAUCAUGAACAAUAAAAUGUGCAUUUUUCUAAUAAU